AUGAACAAAGUGGCACUGAUGAAUUUGAAUGCAGAACAGGACCACAUCCCGGUCAUGAGAGGCCAGUGGUUCACGGAUGGGACCUGGUUGCCGCUGGAGGAAGAGGACAGUGACCUCAUUGAACUGGAGCAUCUGGCCCGUUUCCGAGGCCAGCAGAUGAAAGACACCUUUGACACGGAAGCGGUGGCCAUCACGGUGGACAGCAAAGAUGCCAUUCACAGUCUGAAACUGAGCCGGAGCCACGUGGACUGGCACAGCGUGGAUGAAGUGUACCUUUACAGCGAUGCUACCACUUCUAAGAUCGCACGGACUGUUACUCAGAAACUGGGAUUCUCUAAAGCGUCCAGCAGCGGGACCCGUCUCCAUCGAGGUUACGUGGAGGAGGCGGCUCCAGAGGACACGCCUCCUGAAACAACGCACAUAGUCUUUGUGGUACAUGGGAUUGGCCAGAAGAUGGAUCAGGGGCGUAUCAUUAGAAAUACAAGCAUGAUGCGUGAUGCUGCCCGCAAGAUGGAGGAGAAGCACUUUUCUGAGCGAACAAAUGAACACGUUGAGUUCCUUCCUGUGGAAUGGCGAUCUAAACUCGCCCUUGAUGGAGACACCGUGGACUCCAUUACUCCAGACAAAGUGCGAGGUCUGAGAGACAUGCUGAACAGCAGUGCAAUGGACAUUAUGUACUACACGAGCCCUUUGUACAGGGAUGAGAUCACCCGAGGUCUGACCAAAGAGUUGAACCGACUCUACACGCUCUUUUGUGAGCGCAACCCAGAAUUUGCAGAGAAAGGAAAGGUGUCCAUCGUCUCCCACUCGCUCGGCUGUGUCAUAACCUUUGACAUUAUGACAGGGUGGGACCCUGUGCGCUUUGUUCAUGAAGAGGUGCCAGAUGCCAUGGAGGCUGAUGUUAGCAGACAAGAGCGCCAGCUACUGGAGGACCUUCGUAACACAUGCUUAAGAACAAGAGAGUUUUGGGGAGGACACUUUGCCGGAUUUCAGGAUAAAAACUGAAAAAUAUUCCUAAACCAG